AGGGUAGUAUCGUUGGGGGCUACAUGCCGUUACCAUAGCGACAUUUGCACGUGCAGUUGAAGAAAGUGUAGAUCACAGGGCGAGGUAACCAUGGCAUCACGACACUACAAAUCAUGGGACUCAACUAGUUACAUUGGCUACGUACCCAGCUAUUCUUACAGAAAGGCACCUGCAGAAGAACGGGAACAUACCUACUACAAUCCAUAUACUUCCUACAAAUCUUACUAUAGGUCUUACAGGAGUUUAGAGGACAGUGGUGCACGUGUAUACCCAAGUACAGGGACCUACGGGUCCAAGUUUAACUUUGUAACGGGGAGAUACUCUACUGAUAACAGACAUACCCGCCUCCGAGAUGCAGAGGAACCCACGUACCACAAGGAGUUGACGGAUAUGCACCUGAUGACGAGCAAGCUACAAGCUGAUUACAGAGAUAUAAUGGACAGAUACAGCACUAACGGACGGUACAGGGGCAGUGGAGGUGGUCUCCCAGAGGGGUACGGUCCUCCCAUAUACUCCAGACCAGACAGACCGCCAGCCUCAGUAAGGUAUGAUGUCUACGAUAGGAAAUCUCGGUAUGGGGGUAUAAACUCGAGUAGACAGUAUGACGCGGAGAUCACUGAUUACGAGCCGUAUGUUCCAGAAAGCUACAACCGGGCAACUAAAGAACUCCGCCAGGGUAGCGAGGGUACCGUACUCAACAAUAAAGAAAUACACAAAGGAAGCUACGAAGUGCACGAUACUGGACCUCCUACUGGAGAGGAUAUAGACCUGAAGGGAUAUGAAAAUGUUGAAACUAAAAAGCCAGAGGAAGAUAUAGAGUGUUUAGACACACGUGACAUCUCUGAAAAUGUCAGCGGAGGAGGAGGGUUGAAGAAGAGUGCCAGUAGAGCCGCUGUAGAUAGUGUAUCCAGAGAGAAGGCUAGCGAGAAAGCAGCUUAAUGCCCCCCCUGGAAGGAGAGUUUGACAGUGACGCUGAGGAUCUGGAGGAGAUCGGGGGUGCUGGUGAUGAGGUGAUGGGAAUGAUGGAAGAUGAGGAUCUCAUGGAGGAUGGAGAACUGGAGACUUUGGAAGAAGAGGAAGAGGAGAUCCCUUAUCGAGAGCCAACCCCGGAGAUCUGCGUCUACAACGAGAUUAGCCAGGAGGACUGCGAGCAGAUGCAGGAAGAGCAGAAACUAGAGGAUGCGAAAGAGAAACCUCUCUUCGCCACUCCCCCCAUACCAAGUGUCACCACACAGGUUCUUAAGGUGGAGAAGACUGUAGCAACAUUCAAAAAUAAUGGGGCUGCUGAGGUACCUCUGGAUGAUGUUGUAGUUGCACCAGCUGAAAAGCCCCAAACAGCAGAACUUGUAGAUCCAGCAGCAGCAGCACCUGAAGCAGCACCUGAAGCAGCACCCGAAGCUGCACCUGAAGCUGCACCUGAAGCCGCACCUGAAGCUGCACCUGAAGCCGCACCUGAAGCAGCACCUGAAGCAGCACCCGAAGCUGCACCUGAAGCCGCACCUGAAGCUGCACCUGAAGCCGCACCUGAAGCAGCACCUGAAGCAGCACCCGAAGCUGCACCUGAAGCUGCACCUGAAGCUGCACCUGAAGCAGCACCUGAAGCAGCUCCUGAAGCAGCUCCUGAAGCAGCUCCUGAAGCUGCACCUGAAGCAGCACCUGAGGCAGUACCUGAAACGGCACCUGAAGCCGCACCUGAAGCUGCACCUGAAGCCGCACCUGAAGCAGCACCUGAAGCAGCACCCGAAGCUGCACCUGAAGCUGCACCUGAAGCUGCACCUGAAGCUGCACCUGAAGCAGCACCUGAAGCAGCACCCGAAGCUGCACCUGAAGCUGCACCUGAAGCUGCACCUGAAGCUGCACCUGAAGCUGCACCUGAAGCAGCACCUGAAGCAGCACCUGAAGCAGCUCCUGAAUCAGCUCCCGCUACUGAGGAAGUUGCUCCUGACUCAGAGAGCGCCGCUGCACAAAUCACUGAGAAGGACGAGGCCAGCAAGUCGACUGUUGAAGCGGUUAGCGAAGAGGUCAAAGUGGAGGCAACAACUGCACCGAAGGAAGCAGUUAAAGAAGCAGUGAAAGAACCAAAGGUGGAAGCGAAGAAGCCAGCUGAAAAACCAAAGGUACCUGAGAAGAAAUCUAAAUUCGGGCAGUCAAAAUUCGGUGACAAGAAGGCUCCAGAGGGCGCUCCAAAGAAGAAGAAGCUUUGGUAAUUGGUAACCAUGGUGAUUUUAAAGUUUUAGUAGAGAUAGAAUAAGAACGCUUUUAUAUUAGAAUGUAAUUGGACAUUAGUUUUCACAAAAAACUUCGAUUAACUGAAAUGAAAGCUACUAUUAUAUGGCCAUAAAGGAAUGGUCUGUUGUACAGAGCCAAGAAUGGCAGUUUUGAGUUGGUAACCAUUGUAAUUAUGUUAACCUUAUAGUACUGAUACCUGACACUACGGCAUUGAUUUUAUUGAAGAGUUUUUAUAAGCACUUUUUUUUCUGUAUAAAUGAAUUUGUUUUUUGAAAUAUUAUCUCGGCAA